GUAGCAAUGGCCAAAAGAAUGAGGGAAAUUCAGCUGAGAGGGACAAGGUCUAGCAAUACCAAGCGAUCCAAUGGAGCAACAUCAAGGGGAACUUCAGUACAAGCUGCAUCAAAGUUGUCAUUGAAACGACAAAAGAGAUUGAAGGGUAAAAGAGCUAUGAAAAGGGAAGGACUGAAGUUGCUUAAACGAGGGUGUGUGACAAUGUCUCGUAUAGUGAGACGAAAAAUAAUUGGAAAGAGGAUGACAGUUCAGUUCAACCAGAAAGGACAACCCAUAGGGAAAGCUGGUAAAGAAAUGCAGUCAUAUAUUGGGGUGUUAGCUCGCAAGAAGGUUCCAAUCUCGAUACCUACAUGGAAGGAUGUUUUAGUGGAACAAAAAAAUAAAAUCUGGGAAGGCAUAAAGUUGUCAUUUUUGUUGCGUCCAGAACACAAAAGAAUGGUCUUAAUCUCAGCAGGAGCAAAAUGGAGAGAGUUCAAGAGUCAUUUGACCACCCGCUACAUUCUCCCACAUAGAGAUAACCUUGAAAUUAUCGAAUCUCGACCAGAGGACUAUCUUUUCAUUAAUCAAGAUGUCUGGGAGAUUUUUGUACAAGAUAGGUUAUCUGACUCAUUUCUAGAACUCCAUGAGAAACAAAAAAGAAAACGAGCCUUAAGUAAGUAUCCUCAUCGGCUGUCACGUAAAGGGUACGCCGGAUUGGAGGAAGAACUGUCUACAACUAUGGAUGAAGCUGAACUUGAUCGUGCAACCAUGUGGAUCAAAGCACGUCAAGAUAAGAAUGGAGGAUUUAAAGAUCCUUUAGUAGAGGAGAAGGCCAAAGAAAUUGCUGAUUUGAAGAAAAAAGAGGCUGAGGAGAGUUAA